AUGGACUCAACUGUACAGCACUUGCCGCCCGAUAUUCACCUAUCCCCAAAAGCAGGUAAAAGCAUCGUGCCAAGAUCAAACCCCCCGAGGCCCCAUCCGCAUAUCCGCAGUUGUGCCUUUUGUCGAUCGCGUAAAGUGAAAUGCGAUCGGCAGAAGCCAUGCGCGAACUGCCUGCGCUCUGGAUCACAAUGUGUAUAUCCCGCAGGACCUGGAAGGGCCCCAAAGCGACCACGGCAGGAUCUUGAUAAGCGUGUGCUCGACCGUUUGGCGCACCUCGAGGUGCUUGUCAAACGUCUAGACACUGAGGAGGCUGGCCGGUUGCCCAUUUCUCCAUCAGAGGAGCCCGCUCCCAGCACAGUACCCGAACCUGAGGGCGGACCGAUGCAGGUAGAGCAGCAGUUUGGUCGGCUCGUCAUUGACGAGACGCGGAGUUGCUAUGUGAGCAAUAGACUGUGGGCAAGCUUAGGUGACGAAAUUGAAGAGCUGCGCGAUUUGCUUUAUGAGCCGGUAUCGGAAGAUGAAGACUGCGAUGCUGCCAUGGAUCCCUCUGUGGCGGAUACAACCUCAUCGCUGGGCUGCAAUGCUGCAAUAAUGGGAUUCCAGGCGCUAGCACGAUCUUUAUGCCCAUAUUACCCACCAUUGUCUCAGUCAGUGGCCUUGUUUGAGAUAUUCAAGCAUAAUGUCGUACCACUCGUACACAUUUUUCACACUCCGACAUUGAACAGUUCGUACUGGGACGCUGUUGCGUCUCCAGAAUCCUUGGAUCGGAAUACCGAGGCAUUCCUGUUCGCGAUAUAUUACUCUGCUGUUAUCAGCAUGGAAUCCCAGCAAUGUGAGGAUUUAUUGGGUUUGUCACGAGCGACAGCAGUCAAACAUUAUCAAUUUGCAGUGCAACAAGCCAUGGCCCGAGCGGACCUUCUCAACACCCAAAGUAUGGUUUUGCUACAAGCAGUAGUUGUGUUUUUAUCGGCUCUUCGAAAUGAGGAUGCCUCGCGUACCGCCUGGUCAAUGACUGCGUUGAUAUUCCAUAUCGCCCAAGCCAUGGGUCUGCACAGAGAUGGGGACGCAUUUGGCCUCCAGCCACUGGAGGUCGAAAUACGGCGUCGUCUUUGGUGGCAUAUCUGUUUGCUGGAUAUCCGGUCCUCUGAAUAUCAUGGGUGUCAGCCCAUCGUGCACGAGUCCAUGUUCGAUACUCGGAUGCCGCUGAACAUCAAUGACAGUGACCUUACGGCUGACAUGACCGUGCCACCUAAUGAACGCGAAGGAGCCACUGAAAUGACGUUCUGCCUCAUUCGCUGCGAGGUUAUGCGUGUUGUGUGGAAAACGGGUUACGUGCCACCCAGCAUGCGACGACCCAGUCAACCAUUUGAAGCGUUAUCACUCCCAGAUCGCAUCGCCUUGGUCAAAGACCUUCAGCAGCGGUUAGAAGAGCGUUAUCUCAAGCACUGCGAUACCGCUACCCCAUUUUUUCAAGUCUGUGUGACUAUCGCACGCUUGAUCAUCGCUCGUACCUGGCUAGUUGUGUACUAUCCUCUUAGUCAGAACAAUGAUGGCGCAAACCUACCCAGUACUAUUCGAGAAAGGCUAUUUCUUACCUCCAUCAAAGUCCUCGAGCUAUCUAACUUUCUCCUUACUGAUCCAGACCUCACAAAAUGGACAUGGCACUCCAAGGCGCACGUCCAGUGGCACGCAGUUGCAUUCGUUUUGUUCGAGAUCUGUUGUCGCCCACCGUCACAGGAAUGUGAUCGUGGCUGGGAGUAUGCGCAAACAGUCUACAGUCGAUGGAAGAUGAAAGAGAACAAGGGUAAUCUCUGGCGGCCCAUCAAGCGUCUAAUGGCCAAGGCACAAUAUGUACGCGAAAUGCAAAAGCAAAAAAGGUCAUCUCCAAGAAUGCAUUGGCGAGUGGCUGGAAUGACCACGGCGCGACCUGGUACCGUUUCAACGGAACCCUCUACCGAUAUUCGUUUCUUCGAAACCUCUGCAGUCGAGUUUGGGGCUAUCAAUAGCACCCCACCGGGUUUACCGGAUCAGUCAGGUGUUCUUCCCACUGAAUCCUUGGACCCGUUCUUUGGAACUUUCGCCAAUACAGAGCUUCCCGACCUAUAUUCGGCCGAUUUCAACUUUGUCAUGCCAACCUGGGUCGAAUCGCCUGAUAAUAUCAACCUUGGAAGCUAUGCGUAG